CGUCCCCACCACUCUACAGAUGGGGAAACUGAGGAACCGAGGAAGUCUGCAGCGGAGCUGGGUGUUUUACGCACGGCUUCACCGUGCUGCCUGAGCCACCACCCUGCCCAGCUGCUGACACAGAGGGGGGAAGCCGUGGGUGUCUCUUGGCAAGUGCCCAGGCAUCGUGGGGCACCCUGUGACAGGGCCCCUCCAUGCUGGCCCUGGCGCCCAGGGUCCCCCGCUGGCCAGUGGCCAGUUCUGGAAUCAGAACCCCGUUCGAAUCAGCACCCUGGGUGAAAUGGGCCAGUACAGGUCCUGACGAGGUGGCAGACCUGCUCAGACGCCACUGGACGGGACGGGCGCGAUGUGGGCGCGGUGGCUGCUGCUCUGCACCCUGGGCGCGCUGCUGGCCGGGGCUGGAGGCUCCCUCCUGCCGCCUGCUGCCCGUCGCCUGCUGGGCCACUUCCAGCACCUGCUGGGGGGCAGCCAGGCGGUGUUGGGGAAGGAGGAGGGGCGCUUUGAGGCCCCCAUUGAUUUCCACAAGCUCCCCCCCAACUACCACACCGAGGAGAAGGAGCAGCGCAGGGUGGGGAACGCCACAGUGUACAGCCACCGCGAGAUCAACAAGGUGACGGACAAUGAGACGGGCGCAAUGCUGUUCUCCGACAGGACGGUGACCUCCAUCGAGCAAGGGGAGCGGGGCCUGGCGGAGAGAUGGAGGGGAAGCCAGGCAGAAUCUAGCGAGGAAGGAGCAGGCGGUGGGGCAGAAGCAGAGCCUGUCCUAGGGAGACACGUCCUGCCGAUCCCCCGCCCCGGGCUGGCCUUCCUCAUCAUCCACUUACAGCGCAGAACCAGGCCCGGGAAAGCCUCUGACACCAGCCGGCCAGACGGUGCAUCCCUUAGCGACAGGAAGCACAGGCUGCUAGCGAUCCGGGAUGGGCUGAUGGAAGCCCCCCACCCUCUGAAGAAAGCUCCCCCCAUUACUCGGGCCCAGUACAAAGCUGUAGCACGGAGGCCCCAUUUUUUCUUCUUCUUCAGGAAGCUGUAGCAAAAAGAGAGAGACUUGGGCAGGCGAUGGAGAAGAUGCUGGCGGAUCUGUGUAGAAAGUCCUGCUCCUUAGUUUUUCUUGCAAUAAAAGUUCUCUCUCUG